AUGGCUGAUGAACUGGAAAGGCUGCGCGCGGAAGCGGCAAGCCUUUCGGAGCAGUUGGAGCGGGCGGAGGAGAACUUGCAGGCGGCCGCACAGGCAGGACUGACUCUGAUCCAGCAGAAGGACGAGUUGGAGCGGAAGUUGAAGGCGAUGCAGGCGGAGUUGGAUCUUGCAAAGGUCGAAGUCGAUAGAGCUAAUCAGGUCGGCUCUAGAAUCUAUCAUUUUGACGCUAUAAAUUGAUAGGUACCGCAACGGGUUUCACGAAACUCCGAAUUUCCAUAAAAUUUUUGUUGGAAUGUGUUCCCCUACUCUAUAUGAGUACGCUCCCAAUUUUUUUUUCCAAAAUUUUUGGGUACAUCCCGAGUUACGCCCCUUCAAAGUUGCCCUGUUUUCUCCCCGGUUGCAAGUCCGCCGCACGCGUUUCUCGCCUCUGUUUGGUGGCUGAAACCAAAGAGGCAACAUAUAAAUUGAAAAAAAAAAUUCUGAUCUGAAAUUCCAAAACUGAAACAGACGUUUUUCCAGACACUCGCCGAUCAUCGUUCGAAACAUCAGAGGACGACACAAAGCGAGUUGGAAAAUGAAGAAUCGCUGCUGGAAGAGAGUUCUGCGAAAGAAGAGGAGUACCUUCAAAGAAUCGCCAAACUGGAAGAGGAUCUGAAGAAAAAGGAGAAGGAAUUGUCGGAAAAGAAAGAAGAACUGGAGAGAAUCGAGAAAAGUCACACGGCGGAGAUGAACUCGAAAGCGGCGUUUGAAGACGAGCGCCGCAAACUGAGAGCCGAGCUCAAAGACACAAAAGAACGGGAGCAGAGACUGCUGGCGGAGAACGGAGAGCUCGAAGAGGAGAACAUCGGACUGCAGAAGACGGUGGCGAACCUGAGAGGCAGCCAGGUCGAGUACGAGGCCCUCAAAAUAGAUAUGAAUCGAUUGGAGGAGACGAUUGAGUUGCUGAAAAUGGCGGCGGAGGAGAGCGAAGUGCUCCGAGUGAUCGCCGACAAACAACUGGAAGAGGCGCUGCUCACGGCCCAACAGGAACGCGAUCAGCGAUUGGCGAUGAAGCGAGAGCUGGAGCAGACGAGGAACGCGGAGCACAUCAGCAGUCUCAACGACAUGCUCUAUGGACUGGAGAGACUCGGCGAGGACGGCGAACUGCCGGCGCCACAACCCGGAGCCAGCGAUUUGUUCAGCGAGCUGCAGGGAUCGAGUGAUGUGAAGGUGCGCGAGCUCGAGGCGGCCAAAGAGGGACUGCAGGAGGAGUUGAAGAACCGCGAGAAGGUGUUCAUCGAGUUUGUGACCGGAUUGGCCAACACACUCAACAUUCAUAGGCCGACCGGUGAGUGCACAAGUACACGACGCCAUUUUCUUCAAGCAAAUACGUUCCAGAUGAGCUCGACUACAUGCACGCUCGUCAGCAAAAGGACGUUGUGCUCGAGAAGAUUCAGCAGAUGAGCCGUGAGACGGAUCGGCAUGAGCGGGAAGGCGAGGAGAAGAGAUCGGGAGUGGUGAAGGCCGACCUGAGGACUCUGAUGCUGCUCGCCGGAGAGAAGAGCGCUCAAUUGGCGGCUGCACAGGUAAGAGAGCGGAAAAGUUGAAGGAUGAAAUGAAAAGGAUGAAACGGAACUCUUCAGGACGCCAUGAUUCAAGUAUCGGAUCAAUUGUACCAGUUCUAUCACCAGAUGACCCAGAACCAGGGGAUUUCCACAGAGAAGAACGUCCAAGAGGCCAGUUGUCAACUUUAAAACCCCUCCAAAACAUCAAAAACCUCUUCCAGAUAGUCAACAAACUGCGAGUGUUGGCUCGCGAGAACGCAGAAGACGUGCCGAGAGUGUCUCUGGCCGAAGAAGGCGUCGAAAGUGGCACGGAGACGGAUGUGAACGCCUCCAGAUCCAUUCCACUCAACUCGGAUCGUCUCGUGAUCGCGCCGAGCUUUGGAAAAGAAAUUGAAAGAAGAUUGACGAGCUGUAAAAUUGGAGACGUGCUCACCGAAACGGACCUCCGUCAGCGAAUUCUCACGGAAGGAAACGCGAUAUCCCAAACGACAGAUUCGCUCAAAAAGAUGGUCGGAGUGGUGAAGCGGACGUGCGAACAGGCAUUCAAUCAGGCUGUUAUGGCGUCAGGCGCCGAGAAUGAGAUCGAGAUGCAGAAUAUGAAGUUGAGAAGUCUGUUGAGCACAAAGCGCGACCAGAUCUCGACACUCCGCACCGUUCUCAAGUCGAACAAGUUGACGGCGGAGAGCGCGUUGAGUUCGAUGCGCGAGAAGUUCGAGUCGGAGAAGAAGAUGCAGAUGGACAUAACCGAGAAGAUGAGAAGGGAGCUGAAGCAGUUGAAGGAGGACGCGGCGACGUUCGCGAGUCAUCGAGCCAUGUUCACGGCGAGAGGCGAGGAGCUGAAGUCGCAAGUGGAGGAGUUGAGCGCCGAGUUGAAGGCCAACGAGGAGGAGAAGAAGACGUUGAACCAGCUGCUGCGGUUGGCGAUUCAGCAGAAGCUCUCGUUGACGCAACGAUUGGAGGAUGUCGAGGUGGACCGGGAUCGGCAGGCGUUCAAGCGGACGAGUGCGAAAGCGCCGACCAGAGAGGUAGCUCGGAACUGACAAUAGCCAAUUCCAAUGCCCAUUUUUCAGACGUAUCAACCACCGAGAGCGGUUCGUUACCCGGGUCCCGGUGGUACGGGCGCCGCCGGCGGAUCCACCGCCGCAUCGGGACCAUCAUCAUCGGGGGGCUCGAGAGGAGGGCCACGUCGGGGCGACAAUCAGCAAUAGACUGGUUGGGUGAUGACGUGGCGGGAGGAGAAGGCAAAAGGACAGAAGCAUCAUCGCACGUCAUCACCACCACGUGGCCUGAAGACCCUCAUCCAGAAGGAAAAGUGGAAGACGUGCAAUUGACGAUCGAUUCGAUGAUGGAAGAAAUGAGGGUGGAAGCCGAGAUUUCGAGAAUGCGCGCCGCACUUUAUCAACCGCUUUUCGCUGAAAACCAACUCGUCAUCGCUUUGUUCUCACUUCCGCCCAUUCUGAUCUACCUCGCCACGCUUUUGUUCUUCUCCUGA